UAUAGUGUCUAGCGGAGGGGUAUGAAGGUCCGGUGGGAGGCCGAAGCCGAAGCCGAUACGAUAAAAAGUGGGAACAAGACUUACAGACGGUGCGAAACUAUCAUUCAAUUGGCCAAUGGGGGACGAAAACAAUGACACAAUCCGGUAGCUAGAUGGGUUGAUGGGCAAGAGUAAGAAAUGUGCCGUGUCCAGUUCUGUUUGUAUUACAAGUGGUCUGAAAAUAGAAUGCGUCAGGAUAAGGUCCUGCAGACAGCUUCACGGGAAGUGUCUCGAUUUGAAGGUCUUUGGUAUGUCAUCGCAAGGGCGAAAGAAGUUGGUUCCUUGGCUUGUUGGCACUAAGAAACCGAAUGACUCAACCGGGGAGCACGCAACGCGGGGAAACUGCUCCAAAAGUUCCUGCAUCUGCAGGGGAAUGGCCUUGGAGCAUUGGAUGUUUGAUCCCCGUCAUGGUCUUUCGGAGCUGGUCCGGCGUAACGCGCCGGCUCGACUGGCAACAUCCGGAUGCGGAGACCGGUCGGCCGAGGACACGGCCGAAGCAGGCUACACGUUUGUCGGGCGAAUUCCCACUUCGCAGAGUGUCGCCCCGGGCCGAGGAUCGCGGAGGUCAUCGGCUACAAGUGGAGCUUGUCCUUCACAGCACACCAACUUGGCAUGUGCUGGCGCCAUGUUUAGUAUUUUUGGCCCCCCGAAAAGCUGCACGUCGCUGAAGUGGUUGGGGGCAGGAUUCGGAUCCUUGGUGAAAGGCUCAUGUCAUAUGGACGUGGAAUCGGUGCAGCUUGGGAGCCUGCGGCCGCGAAGCAGACCAACCCUGACCUGGCAGGAUCCACGCGGAACAAGCCGUGGCUCCCGUCCUACGGUGCCUACUGUGGGAGGGAGUGGAGGAGACGGGACGGUUGGAGAGAAGAUGCCCGACUCCGGCGUGACCGGCCUCCAGAGAUCUGGAUUCAAGCGUUUCGUUGUCUCUAAGGUAGGUAGUCCGUUCCCCGUAAGUCGUAAGGCGGGCUCGAGUUCGUCCGCAUGACCAAUCGUCGACGUAAAGGGGGAUCUAGCCACAACAAAGGAAGGUAACGGUGCAAGGUUGGCCAUGGGCACGAAAGUUCCGAGAGAAUAGGCACGGAAAAUGCUGUGCAACGUCGGAUGAGGAACCGUCACUGGCUUGGAUGGCUACUCUGGCCAGGGGGGGUUCAAAUGAAGAAAGGCAUGGGCAGCUUUUCCUGGGCGCCGUGAUCCAUCGUGUCAGCCCUAU